UGCAAUCGGACAUGUCGUUGUUCUGUAAUGUACAUUGUACAAUGUUUUUGGAAAAGUUUACUGCUUUAUUUCAUGGUAUUCGCUCAAAAUUAGCUAUAAAAUUAAAGCUUUCUUAAGAUAGUUAAUGCGAAAUCCGAAGCCUGCUAUAGCUACAAAUCGAAAAUUUGUGAACAUUUCACGUCUAGAGGCACUAAGGUGAAGUUUCGUAUUUGGUUUCAACAUUUGUGAGGAUCCUCCACUGGCGGUGUAGCUGCGAGCGUUACUAAACAAGAUAACUGCGCAGUUAUAUAUAUGUAUUCUGCACAUGUAUGCAUGUCCUUCAAUUUUGAUGCCAAGGCAAAACUAUACGCUAGAAACCGAAAGAAACUGCGAACACAGCAAAAAUGUCUUCGGCGGGAAAUGCUGCUGAGCAAGCAGAAAAUCUGACGCGCUGGUUUAACGAGAAGCUGACCGUAAAAGAAGAGAGCAACAACAACAACAACAAUUGUAACGCAAACAAAUACAUUGCGCCAGCAGCAGCUGCUAUGCCAAAGAUGUGUCCAAGCAGCACGAGCAACAACAAAAGCAAGGAGUUUAAUGAAAUUUGUAAAAAGGCUCAAGCUGGCCACAAAAUGAUGAUAAUUAUGCGCGGUCCACCGGGCAGCGGCAAAUCCACAAUGGCCAAAACACUACUACAACAAAUUCAUUUGCUGGAACAGCAUUCGAUUACGGAUUUUGUGCACAGCAGUGAUGAUUACUUUCUCACGCCGCGUGGAUACCAAUUUAAUCCGAAUCUGUUACCGGAAGCUCACGACUGGAAUAAACAUCGGGUACAGCGUAAAGCCGCCGCUGGCUGGAGUCCCAUAAUUGUGGACAACACGAAUACAAUGGUAUGGGAGAUGCAGCCCUAUGUACAGAUUGCCGUGCAGCAUGGUUACCUUUUGGAGCUGCUUGAGCCCCAAACGAGCUGGCGCAAGUCGGCCACAGAGCUGGCCAAACGAAAUGUCCACCAGGUGCCAAAGGAAAAUAUAAAACGAAUGCUGGAUCGCUACGAGAAGACUAGCGUUGCCGAGCUGAUUGGGUUGCUUAAAGAAACAAAGUAUACGGUGUCCUUGCCGCAGCUGCGUUUAAAGCCGCCUUUGCCAGCGUUGCCGGCACCAGCCACACCUUCGCUGCAAUCGGACAUCUCCAGUGCGCUUUUAAGUUCCCAUUCGGAUGGAUUUAAGCUGAAUGUGAAUGCUCAAACUUGGAUGCCGUAUGAGCAAAAUGUGAACAGCUACUGGGCGCAGACGAACGACCAGCCGAUGCCAACAACAGUUGCCAGCGUUGCGGCAACAGGUGAAAGUUCGUUGUUAGAUUUGUUGCGAGAUGAGCAACCGCCCGAAACGACAAAUCCAACUGUUGCGACAUCAUCAUCAACAGAUAUCAGCAACAAGGCUUUGCAGCGUCAUAGCUUAAACUGCCCGAACGAGGCGGGUGGCUUUGUAGCACUGCGUCAAAUAUAUCCGAACAAGCAGUUGGCAGGCCUCUGGGAUUUGUAUGUCAAGUGCAACGGUGAUGUGGAUUGGGCAGUGGAUAUAUUAAUCAAAGAAGAUGAGCUCACAGCAGACGUCGCCGACUAUGCUGAGGAAGCGUUGCUCCUGGAAAGCGAAGAAUUUCGAUGCGAUUGUAGCAGUAGCAGUAAUAAGUUUCAAUUGCAAACAUCAUCCGUGCCGGCUGCUCCACCCACACCAGUUGUUCACAAAAGCCAAGCUAAGCCACAGCGUCAGCCGCGUACAAGACGCAACGCUGGCCUUGGCUACGCGAACAGGGAACUUCAGCUACAGAUUGAGAACAGUUUUGUUUUGGGCGAUGAUCAGUACUCGGAGCAUACGCGAAAAAUACGCGACAUACGCAAUGGUUGUUUAGAUCAACCGCUGCCAACAGUUGAGCCGGCACCAAUGGCUGCUACUGAUGAGGAUGAUGAUGAUUCGGAGGAUAAUGCACUGCUCGAAAUGGAUCUGGGUAAAAAUUUUAUCGAACAACUCCGCAGCAACUUUCAGUGGGAGGGUGAAUUGCUGCCCGUAGAUCCAGAGUCGUUUCCCACAAAAGUGUUUGUGCCGUACAACCUGGCCAAGCAAUUAUACAUGCUUUGGAUGGAAGCGGUGCACAAUCAAGUUGAAGAACAGCGUCAGCAAACCUUGCGCGAUGAUGAGCAAUUUGCACGUCUACUCAAGCAUCCCAAAUACGCUGAGUGCAGCGAAUCACCCGGCAACGUCAACGAGCUGCUCGAUAUGGAGCUCGCCUGGAGCAUCUACAACAGUGAACAACAGGCAGCCAAACAGGCAACCCAAUAUAAGCCCAAUGAUAUUGCUACGCAUUUGACUAAAAUGAAGCUUUGCGAGAAAUUUCCCGAAAUACCCAGCGAUACCGUGCUGCAGGUCUUUGAAGCUACUGACAACAAUUAUGUGAAAACCGUUGAGGUACUGGACAGUAAUGUGCAGAGCGAUUUAACCAGCGCUGAGCUUUACGAACAGGCGCAGCGCGAAAACGAAAAGCUUAAUCAACAAGAGCAACAGCAACAGCCUCCACCUAAGGCGCCCAGUCCACGUUCCGUAGGAAACGUCAAGUUGCAAUCGCCACAAUUGCACGAGGAGGCGAAAUGUGCAGCAUUGCGAGACUUUGAAGAGACACGUAAUCUGGCCGCCCAUCAUGCCCAAUUGAGAGCCGAGUGCAAUUUGAAAGCCAAGCAGGCGAUACAGCAGGGCAAUGGUAGCGUGGCGCUGUACUAUUCGGAGAUUGCGCAGCUGCAUAAGAAGAAGAUCGAUGUAUUCAAUCAUCGUGCGGCCAACUGCAUCAUGGAAGUACACAAGCAUACGCAAAACAAUCCGGAUUUGCUUGAUCUACACUAUUUGCAUACCGUAGAGGCGGUUAGCAGUCUCGACUUGUUCCUGGAUCGCCAUAUCAGUGUGCUGCGCAAUAGCACGCGAGUGUAUAAACAUGUUUUUAUCAUAACGGGUCGGGGACUGCAUAGCGCAAAUGGUGUGUCCACCAUCAAGAGAAAUGUGAAGGCGCGACUACAGGAGCGACGUUUGCGCUGGCAAGAGGUUAAUCCGGGACUGCUUCGUGUCAAAGUUUUUUCAGCGUCGCGUCACUCUAAAAACUUUUGACUAUCUGCAUUAAGCGUCAAUAUAUAAAGCUGUAUGACUUUCAGCAACAAUGGAUACACAAUUCAUUUAAAGCCAUCAUAUUUUGCGCUACCUCAUUUUAAUAUUUUAAAUUUUUGUAUAAGAUUUCUUACAAAAUUAACAGUCUAUCGAUA